AUGGCCGACGUUGAGAAGACCCGCGCUGCCCUCCGCGCCAAGUUCGACAAGAUCACCCCCGAGGAGUUCAAGAACACCGCCGGUAACCGCGACGCUCUGUACAAGCUCGUUGUUGAGAAGCACGGUCUUUCUGAGGAGGAAGCCAAGAAGGAGGUCGAUGCCAUCUUCGCCUCUGCUUAA